AGAACAAGAUUACAAAAGUGCGCAUGCCUGGGAUAACAGACAAGAGGAGGAAAUGAUUGUCUGAUGAAAGUGUGAGGUGGGCACUUGAGCAGGUAGCGCUAAACACUUAGAAAGCAUGAGAGCGGAGAGAGAUGGACGCUUGGUGAAACACCGAGGUGGUUGGUAUGAUGGAAGGAGGACUGGGAAAGGAGAAGUCUAGAGCCACACGGUGUCCCGACAGCCCCACAGCAGACGCGUCCACGCCACAAUGGAAAGACUGCUUUGGCUCAAAUGAAACCAUCCCCCCGCAUCAGAUCCAUAGAAAUAAUCACUACAUGGACACCAGAAAACCUCUGCUGGAAUUAAAAGAUGUCCCCCCUCCACCACAACAUCCACCUUCUCCCCAUUUAUCCAAGCCUUUGCCUCUGCGCCCCCUCCCUUUGCCGCCUCCUCCUCCUCCUUGCUUUCUUGCUCCUCCUCAUCUAUCACAAGACUGCCAACAGCAGCAGCAGCUACCACCUGAAGGGGCUAGCCCCAAAGUAAGCCACUGCGUCUACUGCAGCACAGCUGGGCGGGGGUUGUUGGGUGGUGGUGGUGAUGCUGGCGGCAGCAGCUCCAGCAUCGCCGGAGUCGUUUCGCUUUGCAGGGCUCUCUGCUCCAUGGGAGAUCCCAUUUGUAGCAGCAGCGGUAGCAUCAGGUCUGGGACCUGUUCAGUAGUUUCUUCUGUUCAUCCAUGUCAACAAACCCUCAGCUGCAAUACCAGAGGCCAAGUUCCCGAGUCUGUGCUCAGGCUUGGAUGCACACCUCAGUUGCACAGCCCCGUUGCCAUCGCUCAGCCCCUUUCUUCUCACAACUGCCUCCCCUGCUGCUCUGGGCUCCUUCACACCUGUUCAGCUGCACCUUCUCCAUGCAGUCAGGCCUCCUCGUUUCCUCCUUCCGUUUCCUCUUUACCUGCUUCUGUGCAUGACUCUUGCCUGGUGUCUUCUGGCUUUUAUACCUGUGAUGUCGGCUGCAACUCCUCAGCCAGGAGAUCUCAGAGAAGUGCACACGGGGAUCAAACAACUGCCACCGCUGUCACCACCACAACCUCUACAGCACGGUUCUUCUCCAAUCCUAUUCACUUAAAUGUAGAACGCACCGCUUGUGUGAAGGGGGCUCACUGCUGUCUGGACUACUUAAAGCCUGUGAAUGGCGUGACUUCAGACACAGAUGAGGUGUGGCCCAAGGUUUGUGUCCCACAGACGGCCUCUCUUCCCGUUCCUGUUUGCAAUGGUUGUGGAACGUCUUCUGAUGCCAUGGCUCUUUGGCCAAACACCAGCUGUGGGACUUCGUAUAAAUACGGUUCUCCAGAGAGUGGUGGGUGUGAGAACAUUCCUCCAGUUGGCGUCUUUUGGGACAUUGAGAACUGCAAUGUUCCCAGCGGACGUUCUGCUGGAGCCGUGGUCCAGCGUAUUCGCAGCCAUUUCUUUAAGGGUCACCGAGAGGCGGAAUUUAUUUGCGUUUGUGAUAUCAGCAAGGAAAGCAAGGCUGUCAUUCAGGAGCUGAACAACUGCCAGGUUACCGUCGCACAUAUUAAUGCCACAGCCAAGAAUGCUGCAGACGACAAGCUGCGUCAGAGCCUGCGGCGCUUCGCUGAGACCCACACUGCACCUGCAACUGUAGUCCUGGUGUCCUCUGACGUGAAUUUUGCAAGUGAGCUGAGCGACCUGCGGCACCGGCAUGGCUUCCAGGUGAUCCUCGUCCACGGCAGCCACACGUCCUCUGCUCUGCUGCAGCACGCCCACCUCCAUGUGGCCUUUCAGGAAAUUACAGCUGAUCUACCACAGCGACCGCUCGACUUAACAGAGCCCAGUUUCAACCUUCUGUAUGUGCACAACCUCCCUGUCAACUGUGACAAGAGCCUGCGGAACGCUGUGAAGUUCAGGCUCCGCCGCUUAUCAGACAACUGUGGUGGCAAGGUGCUGGGCGUGUCCCAGGGCAUAGCGGUCCUCCGCUUUGGCAGCCCCGAGGCCGCGGCCCGCGCAUGCAAGCGAAUGGAAAACGAGGACGUGUUUGGCCGUCGAAUCACCCUCUCCUUCUCACCGAGGGCCAGAGAAGGCGCACAUCCCGAGGCUGAGCCUCAGACUCAGCCCCAUCACUUGUCUCAGACCAAGCCCCAAACCAAUCAAAUCCAGGUCUCUGGGGUUGCCCAUCUCCCGUCCACGCCCUCUUGUUCUUUUCUGCCUUUGGAGAAGCCCAGGUCACCCAGGAGGCCACGGCGAGCAACCCGCCCGUGCCCCACUCUUGUCCCAGAGCCUGAAAGGCCCUACAGCCCUAGGAGGGGGUCCAGUGGGCCUCCGGGGGGUGCUGCAGCCAAACUCAAUCAGGACCUCACAAACGUGGAAGCCAAACCCAGGAUGGGUCAGCAGCAGGUGGAAAAAGUCCACAUGUUGAACUCGUCCCAUCAGACUAACGGGGAAAUGAGCGCAUUGGAGCAUUUGUCCAAACCUGGCUUCACCAAAGAAUCAGGCUGCAGGAGGAGAGAAGUUUCCCUGCCUCCUAACCGGACUGCCCCCCUUGUGGAUAAAGGAGACAAGAACUUUCAGAUCAGCACGCCGUUAGCCUUCACCAGGUUAAACCUACACAGGAGCUUCAGUCCUGUCGGCACUUCUCAGGGCUCCUGGUCUUCAAGGAGCGCAUCCCCCUCCCUGUCCAGCCGCUCCUCACCUCUGCUUGCUGCGCCGCGCAGCCCCAACGGUCGAGCUGAGCCUUUCUUAGAGGGGGCCGAGGUGCAGGUGGCCAAUCUGGACUACAGAAUGUCUCGCAAGGAUCUGCAGCAGACGUUGCGUGACACCUUCUCCCGCUUUGGACAGGUGCAUUCUGUGGAGCUGAGCCCCCACACCGAUUACCAGCUGAAGGCUGCAGUUCAGAUGUCAUCCCUGCAGCAGGCCAUCAGUGCCGUCAGCGGCCUGCAUCGCUUUAAGAUCGGAAGCAAGCGCGUUCAGGUGUCUCUGGUCACAGGUGGCAGCAACAAAUCUCUAAGUCUGGAGAUCAUCAGCAUUCUUCAAGAUUCUCCUGCCAACUGCCUUCCUGUCUUCAAGUUCCUAGAGAUUUAUGAGAAAAAAUAUUCCCGUAAGAUUGCUGUCAGCGACCUGUACAAGCUGCCUGAUUUGGUCUCUGUGCGGGAACAGGGGGGCUCCAGGCUCGUUUGCCUUUUGCCUCACAGCCAAAUACGUCAGAGUCCUCUGGGAUCUUCUCCGUCGCAGGAAGGCUCCUCUUCUUUAAAUGGAAGCCCUGUUGUGUUUGAGGAGCUGGAGUACCACAAUCCUGUUUGUGAGCAACAUUAUUCAAAGCAGAACUUCAGCGAGGCAGAUUUUGACCCAGAAUCCUACAAAAUCCCAUUUGUUGUGAUGUCACUGAGCACUUUGGCUUCUGAGCUCAAUCAUCUGCUGGAAUCACACGGUGGGACGCUUCCUCUCCUCAGUUUUCCAGACUGCUAUGCGGCUGAGUUCAGCCCGCUGAUUCUCGGCAGUGAAAUGACCGAGGGUGCCGUUCCUCUGGAGCAUCUCAUCACCUGCGUUCCCACCGUCACCAUAGUCAUUGCUCAAAAUGGUUUCAAAGUCAUCAAAUGGCUGCACAGCAGACCGCCUGCACAUAUUUCUGAGCCCUGGAUUCAACGCUGCAAAAGUCCAGUAGGAAACCCUCAGCUCAUCCAGUUUAGCAGAGAGAUCAUUGACCUGCUGAAGGGUCAGCCAUCCUGCAUAAUGCCCAUCAGCAAAUUCAUCCCUGCAUACCACCAUCACUUUGCCAAGCAGUGCCGAGUCUCCGACUAUGGCUUCUCAAAGUUGCUGGAGCUUCUUGAGGCGGUACCUCAUGUGCUACAGAUCCUGGGUAUGGGAACCAAGCGUUUACUGACCCUGACCCAUCGAGCUCAGGUGAAGCGCUUCACCCAAGACCUGCUUAAACUGCUGAAGUUUCAAGCCAGCAAGCGAGUGGCAGUCAAAGACUUCAUGCAGGCCUAUCAUUGGUGCUUCUCCAGGGACUGGAGGGUAACUGACUACGGCACAUGUGACCUGAUGGACCUGCUGGCUGAGAUCCCAGAUACCACCAUCACCAUCUCCCACCAGAGCUCGGACACGGUCAUCUCCGUUCCCAAGAGGGAGCGCACUACGGAGGAAGUGGAGCGCACCAAGCAGUUUGGGAAGGAAGUGGUGGACCUGCUCCGUCACCAGCCUCACUGUCGAAUGCCAUUCAGCAAAUUCAUUCCGACCUAUCACCACCACUUUGGCCGUCAGUGCAAGCUGAGCUACUAUGGAUUCACAAAACUUGUGGAGCUCUUUGAGGCCAUCCCUGAUAUCUUACAGUUGUUGGAGUGUGGUGAGGAGAAAGUUCUGGCUCUGACAGAGGUGGAGCGUAUCAAAGCUCUGGCAGCACAGCUGGUCAAAGUGCUUCGGGCGCAGAAGAACUACAGUCUUCCAGUCAGCCAGCUGCUCACAGAGUACAGCAGGACCUUCGGUUACAGUCUGCGCCUGCAGGACUUUGACACCCCCUCCCUGUCCACCCUGCUAGCUAAACUCUCUCAUGUUGUAAAGGUGGUGGACAGUGCAGAAGGUAGGGAAGUGCAGCUGAUCAACAGGAAGUCUCUGCGGACGCUUACCUACCAGUUGCUGGCUCUGCUCAUGUCCCAAGAAACCGAUCAGUUGCCCAAGGGCAUGAAGGUGGAGGAGCUGAGCCAGCGAUACCAGGCUGUUCACGGCUCACCACUGAAUCCCUGUGAAUACGGCUUCCUGUCACUAAGCGAGCUGCUCAAGAGCCUCCCAAAUCUAAUGCAGUUGUAUCAUGAAGAUAAUGAAGAAAACGGCAAAGCUGGCGAUGAAUACGUGAGGCUAACCAGGCUUUUUCAGUUUGCUCGUAAUGUGCGCGCGCUGCUGCACACCUACCACUACAACCAGAUCUUCCUGACAGAGUUCCAAGGAGCUUACAGCAAGUUCAUGGGCAGCAGCCUGGAACCGCGCUCAUACGAGUGCGUCAGCGUCGACGAUCUGCUCAAUGCCAUUCCACAGGUGGUCUGGAUAAAGGGACACGGCCAUAAGAGGAUUAUCGUUUUAAAGAACGAUAUGAAAGCCAAAGCAAGUUCUUCAGUACCCAGCAGCCCCCACCCAGCAGGGAGCCCAAGAGACAGUCCUGUCAGCGGUGCAACGUCUGGCACCCAGAGUCCUGGAAUGGAGUCCAGAGAGAAGGAAGUGUCUGACCAGGGAGUUGAGUGGAGCGAAUGGAAAGGUCUGAUCUUCAUGAUGCUGUGGUUCAGAAGGGGCAGAAUCUUUGAAAUAGUGUGGACGAUGCUGCAGAGUCGGAGCUGCUCUGCCUCGCGUCCCCGUUGGACCUGUUGUGUGGACCUGUACCGUCCUGCCUGCCGUCACCUCAGCUCCACCCCAAUCCCAUCGCCCCCCACCAGGUGGACCUUAUUCACUUUGAAGGACAGUCAGCUUCUGGGCCGGCAGCAGAAAGUGGUGAAUGUCAAGCCGCCACAGAUGGAGGUUCCAAUCCAGCUGAGGCCCCUGGCAGAGAGGAAGACUUUCCUGCCAGCAGAGCUCUUCCUCCCCCUCAGUCCCUGGACAGUCCCAGCAGAAGAGCCUCACGGAGCAGGAUACGCCUGGCUGCCAACUUCUCAUUCACGUCCAGAUCUUCUCACACUUCUCCUGCCGAUCCGGUCUGACCCCCAACCGUCCCCCCCUGCAGUGCAUCUGCACAGAGGAGCAGCGGCUGAUGUGGAGCCUCUGAAAGCCUCCGUGUGAUCCGUCCCUUCAUAACAAGCUGCAUUUCUUCUGCUUUCUUCUUCUCCUCUUUAGUCUUUUCUUUUUUCCCGGAGCUCACAACCUUUCCUGUGAGCUUCACCAAGCUGUGAUUUUUCUUCUUGCAGAUUUCCUGCAGUUCUUUCAUUUGUCAAACUCUCAGCCAUUUCGUCCCAGGAGCGGUUUGGUUUUUUUGUUCGAGCCCACAAACUCAGAGGGAUGAAAAUGAGUUAGUCGUCACUGUAUCCAGUGUGAGGUGGAGAGAGGUCAAUGACAUCUGGGUUUUUCUGAAAUGAGUUGAAGACAUGUAGCUACCUCUGUUUUCAGUUGAUGAGCUGGGAAAGAGACAUUUUUCUCUGUGCAAUGUUAAAGAAAGGGGGGGGGGAAACAAACCGUAUAGAUGAAAUCCAGCUGUUAAAUGUUUGAUUUGCUGAAGAUGACCUGAGGUUCACCAUUCUGCUGUUUCUGUUCCACACAGGUAAGGUGGUGAGGAUUUCCGUUGUGUGCUGCACAGAGUUGGUGUGUUGGGAGCAGUUUGUCCUGAAGAGGCUGUUGGCUGAUGACGAACAGCCGUUUGCUUUUAUGUAGGAAAACACUGAGUGGUCUGAGCUGGAUCAGAUCAAAAGAUUUAGACCAACAUUGCUGCUACUUAAGAUUUUUAGUCUAGUCUAGUGGUUUUUGUUUGGCAAAGCCUUUGACUUGUCUCUUCAGGGCCAGUGAGUAGUACCUGCAGCAGAAGCCAGAGUCUAUACAGUUUGUGUUUCUUUCAGCUGUUUUGCUCUGGAGGAGGCAGUGUAAAUGCACGCAGGUUGCAUAAGUGAGUUUAUGCAACCUGUUCUAUUCAGGAGGAGCAGCCAGCAAGAGUUUAAGAUUGGUGUUUGUGGCUCCAGGUCUGGAUCAUCCUGGCAGACGCAGAAGAGCUCAAGGUUUGUUCAGGUAACCUUUGCUGCUGCUCUGCGUCACAGCUGAGGAGUCUGAUGACGGCAGCGAUUACUGUGGUCUGUUUUGUUUUUUUUAAUUGCAAAGAGACUGAACAUCGGUUUGGUUGAAGGAUGGGAGGUGAUUGGUUUGUCGGACCAAACCUGGAAGGCUCUGAGAAGCCUCCGGCACAGACUUGCUGUGGCUCUCGGGAUUAAACUGGGCUUUUACAAUAGCUUGUAUUGGCCUAAGUGCUGAAAGAAGGUUUGAUGUUUCCUCCCUGCCCUCUUGAGGCUCACAUUUUUGACUUACUGAGGUGUUUUGUCCCUCAGCGUUGCGUCGUCAGGGUUUCCUCGGCUGCUGGUAGGCUUCAGCUGCCUGUGAUGUGGCGCGAAAGCCCAAGCGUCUGCCGUCGAAGGAAGGCUGCCGUUUUGUGUCUAAAAGAAACGUUGGGUGGGCAGCGGCCCAUCUCAUCAGUUUAUUGGCUUUUUCUGAUGACUUUGAUCUGAAGUUUUCUGGAUUUUUGGACUUCACCUGUCAUCUUCAUAAAAAAAAAUCGUAUUUUUAAGUCUCCCUAAUGUUCCUUUUUCCUCUUUGCUGCAGUUGUUAAUAUUUGUCUGGAAAAAAAAGAUUGAAAUUAAAGACUGGCGGGAUGUAAUUUGGCAGAAUUUUUUUCUUUUUGUAGGUUUCAGCAUAGCUCGCCAGCCUCUCGUGCCUCAGUGACGGCUAACUCAGGAGGGAGAGCUUCUUUGGUUUGGUUUCAUCAGUGACACGCUGCUGUGCACUUAUACAUCGGUUUUUGUUAAGUGUAUUUGAACGACGGCAGAAAACCUGACCCAUGUCCUUAAGGUCUGGGGAUAAUUUUGUGUACCUGCUGUUUCAUGUAAGUCUGUCUGCGAUUUGCACACUUCUAUUGCUUUGCUGCACCAAAUGGGGUUGUAAGAAUUUCAUGUUGAAGGGACCAAAAGAUUUCCAUGAAUAAAUCUCACAAGCAUCA